GAGAGAGAGAGAGAGAGAGAGAGAGAGAGAGAGAGAGCUGAGGCUGGACGCCCGAUGCUGCUCCGGCUACGUGUGUACUGACGGUCCGUCGUAUCAAAGUAGGAGAUAGAGCCGUGAACCAUCGUUUCUGGUAGCUGCGGUUUUGUUUUUUUACCAUACAUUACUAAAGCAAUGCAGUCCCAGGGCAGCACUUCCUCGCAGCCCUCCUUCGAUUCCAUGAGCUCCAGCGACAGCCUCUUGUUAAGCGACUCGGAGCAGGCAGAGGACGACACGGACGUCUUCCUGACCGACAGCUCUUCCUCCGUCAUCAUCCGUGGGGUGGUCGGGGCUAAGGCCAAUGGAGACAGAGGGUCGGAGAGCCCCGGGUCCCAGUGGCUGUGCGAUGACUUCACAGAUAAAGAGGAAGAGGAGUCAUACAAGUCGGAGGGCGGCAAAAAGGCAACUCGCAUCAGUUUGGACGAGAACGGUCCUGCAAGCCAGAUCCCCAAAUCACAGGGAGACCUGCUGUUUGCUCAAAAGUGUGCUGAGCUGCAGGGUUUUGUCAGGCCCCUGCUGGAGCUGCUGAAUGGACUGAAGAGGGGCCGAUUCGAUCGAGGUUUGAGUAGUUUCCAGCAGAGCGUCGCCAUGGAUCGAAUCCAGAGGAUUGUGGGUGUUUUACAGAGACCCAACAGCGGGGAGAAGUACCUGAACACUCUGCUCCAGGUGGAGGUAAUGCUGAAGCUUUGGUUUCCUCAGAUCCACAGUCAGGCUGUCUCUGCGGCCUCCAGCGUCACCGCGUCCCCCGCUCACCCCCUCCAUAACACGUCCAGCUCCACCCCGCCGCACAAACACCGGGAUCAGUCACACAUUCCCGUCAAGAAACGCAGACUCAGCUGGACAGGUACGGACUCCCCCACGCCUUCCCCCGUGCUUCUCAAGUGCCCUCGUAUUAUUGCAGAAGAGAAGAGAGUGAAGAUGGAUCGCCACGAAAAGGACGUCCCUCCUUCUCCAUCACUGGCGCCUGAUGCAAACCAAGAUUCAUCAGAUGUGACCGGCAACAACCAGCUCAACGAAGACACAAAGGGAAAGGACAGUGACAGCGAGGAGCCUAGCAAGCAAUCAAACUACAAAGCAGGUCAGAGCUCUGAGCCGAGCCUGACGUGGGUUCACGUGGCCCCCAUCCUGUCCCCGCGAAAGGCCUGUCCUUCACACGAGAGCACAACAAUGCCGUCGUUUAUCAAUGAAAACCAGCCCGUCACUGCGGUCCUCCCCCUCAAAAGGAGGGGCAGUCCGGCGACACAAGACAGCUCCGUCACUUCUACCACACACAAAAAGAACCAUAAAAAUCUGAAUGAGCCAAUCGGGUGCCAAAGCCCGCCUCUUACAGGACAACAGAGUGAGGGUGAGAACACAGAGACAUGUAAGGGCCAAAAUCAAGAUCCCCAAGUCCCGGUUGAGCCCCUACCAGAGGUGAGCCCCGCCCCCCUGUAGACCUGAUGCACCGAACAAGCAAAGAGCCGGGCGCCUUGCCUUUUUACACCACCGGGCUUAAAGCUGCUGAGUGAGAAAGAAGAGGAGAGGCUGAAUGCCUGUGAUUAUAAAUGCAUUAAAGGGAGGAAGGGGAGGAAAGAAUUGUAGGUGAUAAAUGUUGUAGACAAAUGAUGGAUCGGACAAAACCCCUCAUCAAAACCACAAUUGCAACCAAUAUUUCAGGACAUAACGUGUUUAGAUGAAUCUAAACCAACAGAGUUGAUGAUCACAAUUACAUAAUGAUCUAAACGUGCACAAAAGCAGUUGCGGUUGAGGGGAUAGGAACGAUCACCUAUGCGAUGUUCAUAGGAGAGAUCUUGGAGAACGACGAGGAGCAAAUAAUACGUUUCUCCUCAGCAUGAAAGCAAUCACUGUCUUCAGAGACGACUGUUUCUGCAGACGUCUAACUUGAGGGGACUCUCUCAAUCCAAAAUUAGAAAAGCUGAUGUCAAUAUUCAGAAUGAAAUCUUCCAGAGUUUAUGAAGUAUUUUCAAUCCAGACUGAGUAACACGGGGCGAGCUGAAUUUGGUGCUCGUCUUCAGCAGGAGACACGUCUGAUGUUACCUUCACUUGUAGAUAGAAUUGAGGCAUCUGGCUUGAAGAGGAAGCGUGACACUGACGUCAUUGAGAAUCUUGUAGCUAGAGAUGUGAGAAAUACAGUGUACAGAAUGCAGCAUUGAACUGUACUGUGUGGUGUGUUAGAGUCACCUGAGACUGUGGGGGGGGGGGGGAAUUAUCAACUCACGAAUGUAAUCCAACAACUGUUUGGGCACUUGGCGUCGAGAGGUGUGACAUCACAGCAAUCAGAGGAAAACUUUUCUUGUCAUAUUGAGGAUCAGAUGUUUCUGUGUGGUCCACAACUGCAAACUGACCAGUAAUCAGUGUCAUGGAAAUCCCCCCAAAAAAACACGGAUCACUCAAGGACUGAUGACUCUCUGGUCCCACAGUUAAUUUAUUCAUGUGUUGAUCGGACACCGCAUUUAUUUAUUGUUUGUAUUUAUUUAUUGGGCAGCUGAAUAUUGCCUGCUGUGCGCUUGCAUAGUUUGGCCUAUACUUGUUUUAAGGGGAUUUGAAAGAUGCUGUUGACAGUUUGUGGUUUUUACUGCUAUCAUACAGGGGGGUAGAAAACGAAGGAAGUGAAACGUUAUGAUUGGACUUUUUGGACUACUGUGCCUUUUUUUACCAAAUAGGAUGUGUUCAGAGAAGCGUUUGGUGCUUUCAGUGCAUUCAUACUGCGUUUUGAUUGUUUGCUUGAAUUUCACAAAACCAGUACACAUUCAAUCAUGAAAAGCCUACAUGUAGUCAUUUUCAUUUUGCUUCUAAAGUUAGUACACACAGUAUCAUACUGUGAUACACACAGCAUCAUCAACAAUCGAUCUACUGUUUAAAAACUUUGCUUCCAGCUCUGGUAUUCAGACAUCUACAGAUACACAAACUGCCGACAUGUCCAACCUUAACACACACCAACAGCAGUGGCUACUAUUUGUCAGGUAGUACUACAGUGUAGCCUCCCUUUGGAGCCUUUCUUGUGGUUCUGAUCAACAGAGGAACAGACUGGAUCGCAUGUGAAGCUGGUGCCCUUGAAAAACUUGAAAGAAAUCUAAUUGUAAGGGAGGAAAUCUUUAUUUGCACCACCCUCUACUGCUGCUAUUGUUAUUCUGAUUCCAGUUCUAAUUUACAUGUUUGAGAGGAGAAAUCUGCUCACAAUAUUCUUCUAAAUGUAGGAGGGGUUUUAGCGAUGUGACUAUUGCAAAAAGUAUUGUAAAUAUUUAGACUAAAAUAUUUUUUAAAUUGAGUGGUUCAUACACUAUUUACAUAAAUACAGAGGGGGAAUAUCCAAGAACCGGUCUCCUCCCAAAAACAGUGAACACCACAUUUGAACACAGAGCCACUGGCAGCCUCCAUUUUACUGCCUACGUUUGUGGAGUAAGGAGAGUAACAACCCUCAGACUCAGUCAGACCGUCUUACCCCAUCCCAUCUUCAAACACGACGGUACGAUGGGCCAGACGCUGACUCUCGCCGGACGCCGGGGGGGCUUCCUCCACCCCUCUCCUGUUUUUAUAUGGUCGGGGAAUGACAGACAAACCAAUUGCACUUAUUUUACAUUGUUUAUGUCCUAUUUACAUGUACGUUUUCUACUGCAGCGACCACUGCUGAUUGGUCUGGAAUAAUACUUCUUGUUUAUUUUAGCUGCCUUUCUUCUUCAACUGUAUAAGCUGACCGUAGUUCCCUCCCUCCCUGCCUCCCCUCCCCCAACUCUGCUGCAUUUGUCUGCCCUUGCCCUCUCUCCUUCAUCUCCCUCAAUCCUGUUAGUAUCUUUUCUACAGAAACUAAACUCUGUCUCUCUCUGUCUCACCUCAUCUUCCAAUGAUAUUACUAUUCUGGCUACUUUUUCAAUAAUGAUGAACAGGAAAAAAUCUUUUAAUAAAUGACACAUUUUGGA